GGCGGGCCGGACCGGGCGGGGCCGGGCGGAGCGGGAACCGGACCCAGCGGCGCACACCCUCUGCGGUCCGCAGAUGGCGGCGCCGGGCGCGGGACCCGGGCCGGGGCCGCCACCGGGGCUGGAGGCGGCCCUGCAGAAGCUGGCGCUGCGGCGGAAGAAGGUGCUGAGCGCCGAGGAGAUGGAGCUGUUCGAGCUGGCGCAGGCGGCGGGCGGCGCCAUGGACCCCGACGUGUUCAAGAUCCUGGUGGACUUGCUGAAGCUAAACGUGGCGCCCCUCGCAGUCUUCCAGAUGCUCAAGUCCAUGUGCGCCGGGCAGAGGCUGGCGAGCGAGCCCCAGGACCCCGCGGCGGCGCCCCUGCCCACGCCCAGCAUGCCUGAGACCCGAGGGAGAAACAAAGGCAGCGGUGCCCUUGGCGGAGGCCCGACGCUGCCAGAACGCGGUGUCCGGGAAGGAUCCAGCCAGAGGAUGCCCCGCCAGCCCAGCGCCACCAGGCUGCCCAAGGUGGGCGGGCCGGGGAAGAGCCCCACGCGGAGCAACACCUGAGCAAGAGGAUUUGCACGGGCCCACCGCAGGCCGCCAGCCUCUCAGACAGGCUGCUCCUCCUGUUGGUAAUAAACCUCUUUGAAAACCUGA